AUGUGGUCAUCCUUCUUCCAGUUUGAUGAAAACAUUACAGACUUGUGCCCCGAGACUAGACUGAAUUUGUGUCGAUUCCUUCAAAACGCACCAAUCAAAAAUAUGCUCUUAAAGGACGGUCGCCGUAUCACUGAUGCAACGGUUUGGAGGGACUUAAACAAAGAAUUAAUCCUUCCUACCAUGAGUGAUGAUAACGCUCGAACAUAUUCCCUAAUCCAAGCCUACUUGAAAAGUGGGGAUGAUUCAGUUAGAAAAUUCCUGGCCUCUGAGUGUGAUUCUAAUGAAGUGAUCGGCGAUGGUACGAUUAAUCUUUCUCGAGCAGUAGCUAAUAACUCCGUCGCAACCGUCGAACUCCUUCUUCAACGUGGCGCCGAUCCUAAUGUUGACGAAGAAAAGUCUGAGUCAACCCCCCUCAUUGAAGCCGCAAAGGAAGGCUUUGAACAGGUGAUGGAGGUUCUGCUCAAAUACAGAGCCUCGGUUGCACAAACUACCGCCGCAGGUUACACAGCCCUUCAUUACGCAGCCGCAAAUGGUCAUUUAAAUUGUGUGAAACUCCUUCUAAGGCAUGGAAGUCCGCUAGAAGAGCAAAAUGAGAAUGGCCAUACUCCCCUGAUGGAAGCUACUAGCAAUGGACACAUUGAUGUUGCUCGAUGUUUGAUUGAACACGGUGUCAAUAUUAACACGCAUUCGACGGAAUUCAAGGAAUCUGCCCUCACUCUCGCCAGUUACAAGGGCCAUGCAGAAAUGGUGAAAUUCCUCUUGGACGCUGGAGCCUCACAUGAACAUCGGACUGACGAGAUGCACACAGCCCUCAUGGAAGCAGCCAUGGAAGGUCAUGUUGAGGUAGCCAGACUGUUGCUUGACCACGGAGCUAAUGUGAACAUUCCACAAGAUAGUUUUGAGUCGCCACUAACCUUGGCAGCCUGUGGAGGUCACACGGAGCUUGUUCAUCUCCUCAUCGGCUACGAAGCAGAUAUUGAGGAGGUCAAUGACGAAGGUUACACGCCUCUCAUGGAAGCUGCUAGGGAGGGUCACGAGGACACCGUCGCUAUUCUUCUGGCCGCCGGAGCUGAUGUCAAUGCGAAGACUGAAGAGACUCAGGAGACGGCUCUGACGCUUGCAGCAUGUGGAGGUUUCGUGGAAAUCUGUGAAAUGCUAUUGAAGGCCGGAGCAGAUAUUGAAGUUGGUAGCAAUGGUUGCUCCACAGCUCUUAUGGAGGCAGCCCAAGAAGGUCACCUGGAGUUGGUGCGGCGUCUGUUGCAUCAGGGAGCCAACCUUCACGCGAUGACAACUUCUGGCGACACAGCCCUUCACUAUGCGGCUGAGAACGGCCACUUGAAAGUUUGCAAGGAGUUGAUUAAUUGGGGUGCUGGUCCCAACCAACCUGUUGCCAUUGAGGGGGCCAAAACGCCUCUUAUGAAGGCAGCACGCGCUGGGCACCUAGAUGUUGUCCAACUUUUGGUUGAAUGUGGUUUUCCAGUAAACCAGACUACCACUCAGAAUGACGCCACUGCUCUUUCUCUUGCCUGCAACGGAGGUCAUGCACAGGUGGUUGAAUACCUCCUUCGAAACGGUGCGGAUCCUACCCACGAACUGCGUGAUGGCUGUACAAUGGUCAUCGAAUGCGCACGAUCCGGUUCGCCAACGGUAGCUAGACUCAUCAUCGAUUACCCUCAUAGUCUCACUAUGGCCCUCACCGCACCUCCUGCUCCUACGUCCCAAUCCCUCCACCAGCCUCCUCCGCCUCCACCAAUACAGCAGCCACUCCAGCAACUCCAGAAUGGUGCUGCGACUGGCAUUCCACUAGAAGCUGCCACUGCAGUAAUGCAUCAACAUGCAGCCGCUGCAGCAGCUGUUGCUAUGCAUCAACAACAGCAUAGAGCUGGGAUGCAGGCCCUUCCUGCACCCAACCCCCAAUUAAAGGAGGCACUGGCAAACGCCUAUGCUGCAGGAUGGGCGGAUGGAGCUGCUUCAAGGACUCAGCAGCAGGCUGCCUCCCUUCAGGCCUGUGGAGAUGCUCACGUCUGUCCAGCGUUGGAGAAAGCUCAGGAGAAGUUGCAUAUCAAAGUGGGAGACAAAGUCACCACAUCGAAGGCACCAACAGGGGAGGAGGCUGCUGUCGAUAGUCUCGCAGAUUUACCACACAUCCCUUGUACUGAUGAAUUCAGCUCUAGGCUAAUGGCGCUCUUUCAUGAAUGGAAGGGUGACAGCACUGAAUUCUUGCACCGUCUAGGAAGCGUUAUGGCCUGCCCAGUUAACAACGCUGGUGCUGUUCGUGCACCUGGUAAUAGUAGUGGUGCCAUCAACCGUGGAAGUUCUGGAGUUUCAGAGGCGUCAGCAGUAUCUGCUGGGGGUUUCACGAAUCAACAGCGCCUCAUGAAGUGCGUUGGUGGUGGAGACCUCAUGGAUGUCUUUGCUGCCCCACCACCACCUCCGCCGACGAACACGUCGUCCCCAACAACUACAACAGCUUUCACCUCCACCACUACCUCUUGCUCGUCUUCAACAUCUUCCUCAGGUGCUGUGAUCGGAUGUGGUAUCGCAUCUACUAGGAGUUCAGGAAGCACUUCCAGUAGCAGUGGUAGCAGUAGUAGUAUUAUCAGUUCAAGCACUCAGCUCAUCGAUGUUCAUUCGGUCAUAGCUCCACCAACAGCCGGCGUCUACUAUCAGCAGCAAGGGGGGAUGUGCCCUCUGGAAGUCGCACGACGCCAGCAACCGCCUGGAGCGGUUGCUACCGCUCCUCCACCGCCUUCAACUUCAUCCAAAUCAACUCCAGGAGCUAUCGACUCAGCUCUCUACGAUCAAUUAAUGAGCUGCACCGCUGGAGCUGCCACUGUUGGCACGCAGCCCUCGCCACCGCCGCCGCCGCCUCCUCCACCACCACCACCUCCCCCAACUGCUACUUUACCCACUAAUACAGCAUCUACACCACAAGUGGACAUCAAUGCUUGCACUGAAUCAUCUAACGAGUCUGCCCUAACCUUAGCUUGUAGCGGAGGCUUCGUGGAUCUGGCCCGCCUUCUUUUGGAACGGGGAGCUGACAAGGAGCAUCGAGAUAAAAAAUCACAUACACCUCUUCACACCGCUGUGUACUCUAACCAGCGUGCUAUUGUAACUCUGCUCCUGGACUACGGCGUGGAUAUUGAAGCUCAGGUGGACAGGACUAAGGAUACGGCUCUGUCGAUCGCUUGCUCCCAUGGUCGUUUGGAUAUUGCUGAGGAUUUAUUGAAUCGGGGAGCGAAUAAAGAGCACCGAAACUUUUCUGAUUACACACCGCUUAGCCUGGCGGCGUCUGGUGGCUUCGUCGAUGUAAUCCAAUUACUGCUGCGUCAUGGUGCUGAAAUAAACUCACGAACGGGUUCCAAAUUGGGCAUCUCACCGUUAAUGUUGGCCUCAAUGAAUGGUUAUACGGAGGCAGUGCGGGUUCUUCUGGAGCACGGCUCCGACAUCAAUGCUCAGAUUGAGACAAAUCGCAACACUGCGCUCACCUUGGCCUGUUUCCAGGGUCAGCAUGAGGUUGUAAAAUUGCUGGUGGAGCGCAACGCCAACAUUGAGCAUCGCGCUAAAACGGGGCUGACUCCUCUCAUGGAAGCAGCUUCAGGUAACCACGUAAAGGUUGGCUGCAUUCUCCUGGAGCAUGGAGCCGACGUAAACUCUCUCCCAGUGCUCAGUUCUAGAGAUACUGCCUUGACAAUCGCAGCCGACAAAGGAAAAACUGAGUUUGUCGAGCUGUUACUAAAGCAUGGGGCCAUAGUGGAGGCGCGGAACAAAAAGGGUGCUACUUCCCUGUGGCUUGCUUGCAAUGGAGGCCAUUUGGAGGUUGUGGAACGACUGAUAGCCGCUAAAGCAGACGUAAACAGCCAAGAUAACCGUAAGGUCAGCUGUCUCAUGGCAGCGUUCCGCAAAGGCCAUGUGAAGGUCGUCAGCCUGCUGGUACAACACGUUACCCAAUUCCCCUCCGAUAAGGACUGCCAACGUCACAUCAAAGUCGUUGCACAUGAUAAGGUGAUAAAUCGUAUUUACGACAUCGAAAAUUGGUGCAAAGAAGAAAUCCUCGUUUUGGAGGUCGCAGAAGUUUCGAUGAUCAAUUUUUUGCGCCUCAACUCUCGCUUCUCCUGCAUUCUUCACCAACACUACUGUCGUUACUUUCGUCAAAAUACCGCAUUUCAACCCACCAGGGAACGAGGAGAGAACGCGAAAUUGUUGGAUUUUUAUUAUCCCCUCCAUGCUUCUUGCGUCAUGCUUACUCAUCGGCUUUCUGCUGCUACGGCUAAGAAACCCCCGUCCGAGUUACUUUACCCUCUUUCCUCGAAACUCGACCAUCUCGGUCUCUUUCCUCAGACGUCAAUGGCAGUAACAACGUCGCAGACGAAUGGUGCUGGUGAUAACGGUUGUUUAGAUCCGAAUGUAGGAGUGUUUUUCGGCAUUGAGGCUGUUCCCGUUACUUCCGUUUCACCGCCCCUUGUUAGGGCGUCUUUUCUACUCAGGGAUACUAUGAAUGCCAAUUUAGAUGUAAGUAAUCGAAUUUGA